CGUAAAUGUAUUGGCGCAGUCAAACGUAUAACCUCAAGGGAAGAAACUGUCGUUGCCGUGGUGAUUUCUGCUGUGUCAUAGCAACUAAACUAUGGCAACCGAAACCAGAGUUUUACAGAAUUCUAACAGCGGUGACAGCAAGAAUGACGAUAAUAUGAGACGGUCUCCAUCUCAGUUUUCCACUGCAGCUACAUCAGCUACGAUUGUACCAACCUACGACCUGCAACAAAGUCAACUAAACCACAUUCACGAAAGUGAAUGCAAUUCAGGUACAGCAACUACAAUCACCAAUGUCAUAGUCGAUCGCGUCGCUAGCUUGCCGCAGGAGAUUCUGUCGCGUAUAUUGAUGCUCUUGACAGUCCAAGAACUGACAACAGUAAUGAACAUAUCCUGCACAUGGAGAAAUCGGGUUGCUACGUGCCGGGAGGCAUGGUCCACUAUCUUGAUUUCUCGAGACAGCUACCCGGAUUUUGUACCUAGUUUGGAGGAUGCUGCACCGCACGUCAUGCACCUCAAAAUGCUAGGUCUGUCAAGCGAUCAAUGCAAUAGCGUAUAUGCAGUGAUAAAGAAUGGUCAUUUCAAAAAGCUAUGCACAAUUGAUAUUGAAGGUUAGUAUGGUACAGAACGUCAUAUUGCAAGUGAAAAGAGUUGUUAAUCAACGAAUGGAUUGACCAAUCGAUAUAAUGUAUGUCUAGGCGGCGAG